GGCUUAAAGAGUUAGCUGAGGAGCUGCAGCUGGAGCAGGCGAUGCAGCGGCUGCGCGAAGGGCGAGUAGAGCCAGCUGUAUCGGCCUUUAAAGCAUUUAAACUCCACAGGCCCCGCCUUCUUCUUAAGGCCUCCAUUAAUUUGUCCUUUAUUCUUCUUCUAGAAGGAAAUGUGCAGCAAGCCAACACUUAUGCAGAUAUUGCACUCAACGCAGACAAGAGAAGCCCAAAGGCGUUAGUUAACAAGGGCUGCGUUCUUGCGCUCCAAGGACAGCAGCAAGAGGCUGCAGCGCUCUUCCAGGAGGCAGCAGCAAUCGAUCCUAACUGCCAAGAAGCCCUUUAUAACCUCAUUGAAGGGCAGCUCGCUUUGGCGCUGGAGGCGUUGGCGCUGUUGGCUUCGCCUUCGAUUCGGCCUCUGGAUGCAGCAGUAUGGAGCAGAAUGGGUUCUCUUUGUGCGCGCCUAGAGAGGCCUCAGGAGGCCCUCAGCCAUUAUCGCGAGGCCUUUGGACUGAGGCCUUGGGACCUGGAUGCUGCGAGCUGGCUGGGGAUAGAGCUGGUGAAGGCGCAGAACUUUAAAGAGGCCGCUCCUUAUUUUGCAUUGGCAGCGCAGCUGCAGCCAACAGAAAACAAAUGGAGACAGCUAGCUGCUCUCUGUCUCCGCAAAUCGGGGCAGCUGGGUCCUGCCCUUCUUCUUUAUGAAGCCCUUCACAAAGAGCUGCCUGACGACGCCAAUAUAGCCAAGCACCUCAGACGCACGCGGGCUGCGCUGGGCCUCCAGGCCUCUUGA